AUGAUGUUCCCCCGGCGUGGCGACGCCGGUUGUACUUCGCGACCGUGUGAGCUGCGCCAUCUGGCUGUGUGGGCGGAGCACGUGAUAACACGCAGGCAAAUCGAUGUGUCUGUUGAUGGAGUUGGUGUCCGACAUCCACGCCUCCAACAGCUCUCGCCCUGUCUUGUUGCCGGCUCGCGCCAAUAUCCGCGUGUUGGCGAAGUCGAACUCAUGCCCUUCCUCCAGCGUGUGGGUGGCUACUUGAGACAGUGAGUCGCCUCUCCGAACGGCCCGUUUGUGCUCAAACGGAAGAACGAUCUAAAUGCUCGUAAUUUGAUGCAAUCGAGUAGUCUCUGACGAUGAACUCUAGUUCGAGUUCGAAAGCUCUAAACCUACUAUCCCAGUGAUCGUGCCUUCGCCUUCUUUCAAAUAAACACAAAUCUCUGGAUCCUGAUGCUAAAUGGCACCGAGCUUGACGCCCCAAAGGCCCGUCUACCCUGCUUUUGCCCUAAGUACGUAAACAGAGCAAUUCAUGUACCUACGCAUUAUAAAUUGCUCAAAUAUAUUAACACAUACAUAAUGGUAGGGGACGCUCGCCGAUCGUUCAUACGGAACUCACUCGUUCCGUUGUCUCUUAAGGGCUCUCUCUCGACUCCAAACAGCAGCCGCACAGCGGCGCAUGAUAUGUAGGCAGAAUGCUAUUACCGACAAAGGCAAGGGAGACUGAAAUGGCCAAUUCUGGCUUAUUAGCCGUCGUCAGCCAGACCUACCCAAGCCCGAAGUGUGAAACAUACAAGCCUCGAGCUCGCGACCUGUUGGUUUAGAAGUCCACGCCUGUACUCACCGGGCCACGAGCCUGUUGCCCUGUCGGUUUUCGAUCGGGAUUAUACAAUAGUAGGGGGCGCUCACCGAUCGUUCAUAUGGAACUCACUCGUUCCGUUUUGACUUAAGGGCUCUCUUUCCAGCCUUGUCUUUUUCGGUAAUAACAUUCUGCCUAUAUAUACCAUGCGCCGCUGUGCGGCUGCUGGCUGGGCUAGAGAGAAAGCCCUUAAGGCACAACGGAACGAGUGAGCUCCGUAUGAACGAUCGGUGAGCGCCCCCUACUAUUGUAUAAUCCCGAUCGAAAACCGACAGGGCAACGGAAUCGUUGCCAGGUGGGUAGGGGCGUGGACUUCUAAACCAACAAGCCGCGAGUUCGAGGCUCAGGUUUUACACACGUCGGGCUUGGGGAUUGCUGGCUGACGACGGCUUGUAAGCCACAAACGUCCGUUUCAUUCUCCCUUGUCUUUGUUUGCAUUACCAUUUUGCCUUUAUUUACAUAAAUAUAAUGGUUGUGCGGUCUCACCGAACGUUCAUACGGAACUCGCACGUAACGCUGUGCCUUAAGGGAUCACUCUCGAGCCCAACCAGCAGCCGGACAACGGCGCAUUAUAUAUAUAGGCAGGAUAGAAUUACCGACAAAGACAAGGGAGACUGAAAUGGCCAUUUCUGGCUUACAAGCCGUCGUCAGCCAGUCUUACCCAAGCCCGAAGUGUAAAAAAAUGAGCCCCGAACUCGCGGUCCGUUGGUUAAGAAGUCCACGCCUAUACCCACCGUGCCACGAGCCCGUUGAUCUGUCGGUUUUCGACCGGGAAAAUACAAUGGUAGUGGGCGCUCACCGAUCGUUCAUAUGAAACUUACUCGUUUCGUUGUGACGUAAGGGCUCUUGCUCGAGAUCAACCAGCAGCCGCAAGCGGAAAGAUGACAAGCUGUCUGGAAAAUUUGAAAAAAUAAGUCCGCCAAAGCAGCCCUCUACUGACGGUCUCUUGGUUCUCAACGUCUCCUAACAUUGUUUCACUCAGCAACAACUAGCCUUUCUAUCCUACAAUGCGAAGUUCCGCGCAAGAGAGGCUCAACCAGAAGAUUUUAUUGCAUCCUUCAAAUCGGCGCUCCAGAAUUGUGAGGCCGACGAGGACUGCAAAAGUGCCAUGCGACAACAAGGGUCGGCCUUACUCCUCCAACACAAACGCCAGAUGACGAUUUCUAAGGCGGAAGAUCGAGACCGUCUGAAGAUACGGAAAAUGAAGGAUAUCGUCACCCUGCCCGCCGACAAGGGGCGCUCGACUGUCGCCAUUUAUAAGACUGAGUAUCGCACAAAAAAGGCAACAUCAUGA